UUCUCGGACAGUGCCGCUACAGCUCUCGAAAGAGACGCCCGUGAUUUCAACCCUUCUCGAGCGCGUACCGGGCCCUAAGGGUGCACGUCUUUUGGUAUACUCGAUGGUAUAAGGCAGGACCUUCGUCGGGGAUUUCGCGAUAAAUAGUGAACCUGAGGAGAAGGGUGAAUGCGAGCACUCCACUCACCAUCGCGAUUACACGUAAUCUCAACCCCUUCGCGUUUUAUCAGUUAAUAAUUUUACGUCGUUCGUCGCGAUUGAAAUAUUUUUUAUGGUAUUCUUGCUAAACUUGUUUACCAAGGAGCUUGGAUAUAUUGGAUGGUAUCUGGGUUCUGGGGGGAAAUAUACUUUUUGUUUUACUAUGAGAUAGCAAUGUAGGUUGGAAAGUUCAACUUUGUUGUUUGCCAAGUGCAGUGAAAGAUUUACAGUGAAGUUGGCAUAGCGAUUGAUAUUUGACACUGCUUGAAUAUGCAUUGGUAGCGAGGUAUCUUGGGCUCAUUGAAGAUAAAGGAAGAAAGGGGAAGGUAGAUCUCAAGCGAAGCGAUCGGGCAGUUCUGAAUAUUCAAUCUUCGUCCAAUAUUCCACAUUGACAAAGAUCGGGAUAUAGCGCCAAUGGGAGUCUAAUGGUCCAGGUGCUUAAGUCUUGAGACGUGUAGAAUUAAUUUCAAGUGCUACAGCCAGAUUCCUUUUAUCUCCAAGUCUUCGGGUUAAUCAAUGAGCUCGAUGUAGGAUACGAAAAUUACAUUGUCUGAAGUGAAUGAAAGAAGAAAAAAUCCAUCUGUGUCAACAUCUUCAUGUUUGUGAAUAGGUGAAGUAAAGGACAACGUAAGAAGGGUGUUCCUUAGUGUACGGUGAAACAAUUGAUGAUACAGCAGAAAAAAAGAAACAGCACAGAAAUAAAAAAUUACUGUUUAAUUAAACCAGCCUCAUUAAGGACUUGCAUGUAGAAAAGUCUAUGCGCACUGCGCAUCGCUAAUUAUUGUUCUAAACUAGUAAUUAACGCAAUUGCUGUACGCAAGAGACGACGAUGACGUCAACUGUGGCGACGAAACGGAAAAGCCAGUUCACAGCACGUUAACGUUUCCUAUUUGGCUGCGUCAAAACCGUUUUUGCAUCUAGCCAAUAAUGGGAAAGAGCGAGUGGCGUUGACGCUCAUUCGAAAGGGUAAAAAAAUAUCGCGAAAGCAGUGCGGAAGAGAAUAACAAAAGAAAAAUAUAAGAGAAAAGCAGAAAAUGUGAAGUAUACAAAAAAUACAUAUGGGCUGAAAGAAAAUUGUUCUUGGUACCGUUGACAAAGGAAUGAAGCAAAAACAAAAUUACAACUCCAUAAAGAUCGCGUUUUGGCAAGAGGAGCACGGCUUGCGAUUUCACUUCCACGCAAUUGAAUUUGCCACUUUGAGAUACAGCAAAAUCUUCUUCUUUCUCCUUGUUUCUCAUUUAAAUACAAUAUAUGCUCAUCCGAUGACUGUGACUUUUAGGUAGUGAAGAGAGAAAAAAAUUCCGUAAUGACUUUAAUUAAUGACCGUUACCCUAUUAGUAGACUACGUAAGUAAACAAAUUUUAGGACAAUAGUGCAUUACCGUGCGGAAUAAAAUAAUAACGGGUGAGAAUAAAAACAUAAGGUAAAUGAAAAUACGGAGGCCCUUGUACAUGAAAUAACCGGUGCUCACUAGCAAAGUCGUGGAGGGUGUCAAAGGGGAUAAUAAAAGGAACCAGGACAAUUUUUCUAAGAGCGACAUUCGCCUUUUCAUACCAAGGUGGACAAGAUUUAUCCACUUGUCAUCGUCCAAUCCUUAACGAGUAUCUCCAAUGUCAGCGACAACGGGGCAUCAAUAGUUAACCUCGAAUCUCCAACAGAAUUGCUAAUGUCAUCUCAUUGAGGCGGAAGACCCCCCUACGAAGAACUUAUCUCCAGGGACAGAGGGACCCAUAACCUGACACUGACUAUACGUGCAGGAUGUGCGAUGUAUUCAGAGGAUGUCGUGACCGUUGUCCUCGAGAGGAAGCGAGGCACGAGACCUGAAGUUAAAAAAAGUGGAACGAGAGCAAACAGAGAGAUGGCGUGUAAGAGUGAGGCAACGCAUAGGAUGAAUAACAGAUACCAAUGACAUCUCGGAGGGGCGGGGGCGAGGGGAGUAAAGGACCCCCCAGCCCCCCGAGCAGCGGUUCCGAGGACAAUGGGUUCGUGAAUCGUCCUAGGGUAGCUGGACUCUAUGUGAAGAAUCUCAGCAGGGAAGAGUUGGACAGCCUGGCGGAGGAAGGAAUUUACGGGCCGAGCGGCGAUCCCGGUAGGAGACGGGAUACCGGAAGCCAGAGGAGCUUAAAUCUUCCAGGAACAAGUAGAGAGUUUGAGUUUGUUGCUCAUCCGAGGUUCCAGGGACUCUCGAGGACGCCGCAGCCUCCGAGAAGAUCUGGGUCUGGAAAGCAUCGAGACACCGGAAGAAGAUUCGACGAACCCUCGAGGCAGAGCGUCCUUCAGUCGUCAGGAUUUUCGAGGCGGCUGGAGGAGACAUCAAGGACCUCCUUGAUAGGCGUGGAGUCGACAAGAUCCUCGCAGGACGGCGAUGGUUUUUUGAGACGCGUACUGGACUCUCCGGCAGGUUCACCAAAAGAGACCAGGCUGCGUCCUGAUGAGAGUCCUCAUAGAAGAGCCACCGAUGAACACGAGGACGCACCCUCCACAAGAUCCGAAGACUUCAGCGAGUACCACCGUACCACUCGAGAUGAAGAGUUGACUGAGAGCCGAAGAUCGCCUCCACCUUAUGCUGGACUGAGUCCACCGGAAUACGAGUAUACGGAUUCCCUGUCGCCGCUCUUCCCGCGAUGCUCUGGCAGAUCCUACGGUAGCCUACAAUAUGGCGACACUAGACCUUCCGGCGACGUCAUACCUGGUUUCGUCACCUACGAGACCCAGACUAACCUCAGGCCUGAAUCGAACGAGUCUAGUCGAAUGGAAGGUUUCCUCAGCCCACCGGAUACCACUCCGCCGACACCUGUACCGGAAAAGAAUAGCCUCGGGCAAGAGAGGGUUACCGAGGAGUCACCCCAAAAGAGGAUCACGCCUAAAGCGCAGGAUAGUACCAGGCUACGACCUCCAUUGGCUGGUACUGCUGGUACCUCUGCCGAUUCCGGUACCGGUGAUUCCGGAAGCGCUGAGAUACAACCGGAUAUCAUCGGCACUCCUCAACCUGCUACUUCGGACAAUCUCAGUGCGGGAAAUCUUAACGUUGAGAACAAAUCCCCUGGCUCUAAAACACCUGGCGCUAAGGGAGGCAAGCAGACGGUUAAACCCUUUACCAAGGAGAGUCUAGACAGGCUUGAGAAUAGAACUGUACAAUUGGUGAGGGAGUACGGGUUUCAGCCACGAAGAAAAACUUCGGUGGAGGACGGGGCGGUGCUUCCAAAUAAAUUUGAACCGUUCCCAACCGAUUUAUACGGCAGGCCGCUCGAGGAAAUCGACAAUUUUAUAUAUGACGAGACGUUCUGCGUGGUGUCCAAGAGAUCUCGCAAGAACUACAUCCACAGGUUCACUGCGACUAACAGCUGGUUCAUAUUUUCUCCAUGGAAUCCCAUAAGGCGCUGUUGCAUCUUCCUCAGUACAAACCAGUACUUUGACUAUGUGGUCAUGGCUACCAUUCUACUUAAUUGCGUCUUCCUAGCCAUGACCGAAACCGUCGAAGAAGCCGAAUAUAUCUUCCUAGCCAUCUACACGGCAGAAAUGGUGAUAAAGUCGAUAGCUAAGGGAUUCAUUCUCAACAAGUACACGUAUCUGAGGAAUCCAUGGAAUUGGUUGGACUUUGUGGUGAUAACAAGUGGAUACGCGACUAUCGGAAUGGAGGUUGGAAAUCUUGCUGGUCUAAGAACGUUCCGAGUGCUAAGAGCACUCAAGACAGUUUCCAUCAUGCCAGGUUUAAAAACUAUCAUCAAUGCACUGUUGCACAGCUUCAAGCAACUUGCUGAGGUCAUGACCUUGACGAUUUUCUGUUUGAUGGUCUUCGCUCUUUUCGCUCUGCAAGUUUACAUGGGGGAACUAAGGAACAAGUGCGUAAAGCAUCAAGAACCAAACGCCACCCAGGUCGACUGGAACGAGUGGACUUGGAACUCGUCCAACUGGGCGUUCAACGAGGACGAGGAGCCCAUCAUCUGCGGCAAUGUAACCGGCGCCAGGCAUUGCAACGAGAGUUAUACCUGUCUUUGCGUGGGCCCAAAUCCCAAUCAUGGUUACACCAAUUUCGACAAUUUUUUGUGGUCCAUGCUCACAACUUUUCAACUCAUUACCCUCGACUAUUGGGAAGAUGUCUAUAACAAGGUGUUGUCGGCGUGCGGACCUAUCAGCGUCUCGUUCUUCACGGUGGUUGUCUUUUUCGGAUCGUUUUAUCUCAUCAACCUGAUGCUCGCCGUCGUGGCGCUCAGCUACGAGGAAGAAGCGGAAAUUACGAACGAGGAGCGCCGUAAGGACUUGACUGACCACCGUGAGGACUCGACGUUUAGUUUCGACCCGUCGAAGAUAAACAUCAAGACACUUACCAAGGAGAAGCAGAAAAAGAUAGACGCCAGAAAGGGUGUACUAUUAAGUAGCUACACGCGAAAAAAAGCACGUCGAAGAAAACGCGGAAGGAGCUCCGCGGGCCAGGAGAAAAAUGGUGGCACCCGCAGCAGAUCGGUGACGCCGAGCCCGAGUCCCAGUCCAAGGCACUCGAGUGUCCGGCCGUCGCAUCUUCCGCUGCAGGCUGUCGCACCAAAACCAGCUGAUCCCAACACAGUGCACAGAUUAGCACCGCAUCGAGGAAUGUUGCACUCGAGACAGGCCAGUAACAAUAGCAACCAGCAAUCGUCAUUGGAUGAUUCGGGGGUGGUGGAUGAUCAUGAUGGGGAUGACGUAACCUCGGCCGAGGAACACGAAAGGAGAGAGCACAGAGAGCAUAGGGCUGAGAGACAAGAGAGACAAGAACUCAGAUCCUCCUUCGAACUAAGAAGAUUAGAUAUUCCGAAAACGGAACAGCAGCCUGCACCUGUUACCGUUUCGGUGAGGAGCACCAAUCGCGAGAUCAGGGUGCUCAAGUGUAAUGGGGUAAAAACGAAAAAGCACAUGUAUGCCCUGCCUCCUGAAUACUUGUCCCACAUUGUAGUUCUAGAUGAUCUUCCAGAUAGAAAUUGCGACAAGUGCAUUCAGUGCUGCGUGGAUUACGAGGGUUGGCUGCGAUUUCAAAAUUGUCUUUAUAAGGUGGUAAGGGAUCCGUUAUUCGAGUUGACGAUAACUUUAUGCAUCGUAUUGAAUACUGGCUUCCUUGCUAUGGAACAUCACGGAAUGAGUGAGAAUAUACGUCAGGCUUUGAAUAUUGGAAAUAAAGUGUUCACGAGUAUCUUCACCUUCGAGUGCUUCCUUAAACUAUUGGCGCUCAGUAAGGAUUUCUUCAACAAUGGCUGGAACAACUUUGACCUGAUAAUAGUAUCAGCCUCGUUAAUUGAUUUAACGUUCGAGCUCGUCGAUGGCCUUUCGGUAAUACGAGGUCUCAGGUUACUGAGGGUGCUCAAGCUGGCGCAGUCUUGGACGACGAUGAAGGUGCUCCUUAGCAUCAUCAUCUCAACCAUCGGUGCGCUUGGAAAUUUAACUUUUGUCCUGGUGAUCGUGAUCUAUAUAUUCGCCGUGAUCGGUAUGCAGCUCUUCAGUAAGGACUACACGUUGGAUAAAUUCUAUCCGGAUCCUGUGCCCAGGUGGAACUUCAAUGACUUCUUCCAUUCGUUCAUGAUGAUAUUUCGUAUUUUGUGCGGCGAAUGGAUAGAACCACUUUGGGAUUGUAUGAGAGCCGAAAAGGAUGAAGGGCCCGAAACAUGCUUUGCCAUAUUCCUACCGGCAUUAGUCAUGGGCAAUUUCAUGGUCCUUAAUCUCUUCUUGGCUUUGCUGCUCAACAGCUUCAAUUCUGAGGAACUGAAGCAGAAAAAGGAAGAAGUCGGCGAGGAGUCGAAGCUCGCGAGAUCCUUUGAUCGGAUCAGGUCAAUUGUACGCAAGAAAAAGUAUCACAGGGAGAAUUCGGAGAACGAGAAAAAUAUGAAACUCGAACAAAUCGUGAGAGAAGUCAUGGAUAAGUCGGACAAGGAAAAGUAUGCUAUCCAGGAAACCGUGCUGAGCCUUCCCAAAGACAAUAUUUAUAAUAGGUCCUAUCAGGAGAGUUUGAAUCAGCCUGUAUUCACGUACGAUCCGAUAUACCGUCAGGCCACUGUAACGACCUAUAGUCAGAGCAGUCAAGAGACUGCUAAAGAGAAUAAAAAAUUGAAUGAUAAGGAUAACAGUAACGAUACCAAAGCCGAAGAGAGUAUCGAAUUAGAGGUAUUAAAGGAGUCUAGUAGUAAACCGGACGAGGAAGUAGCAAUGCUACCGGAAAAGGAACAGGUUCGACAUGAGGAGCAUGUAGAAAAAAGACCAUGGCAUGCAUUAGUCAGUUACGUUGACGAAUUGACAGUUGGCGGAAGACGAGACAGCAAAGGUAGAUACAUUGACGGUAUGGGAUCAUUUCCUGGUUUUGGUAGAAGCAAACCACCGAAAGUGCCGCAAGAUUGUUUUCCGCAACAUUGCUAUCAAAAAUGCUCCUGUAUUAAUAAAUGCGUUGCUACUGACAUCGGUCGCAAAUGGAUACAAGUGAGAACGGCAGUGUUGUCCGUAGUGGAUACGCCAGCAUUCGAAUGGAUGAUUCUGGUCUUGAUUUUCGCAUCUUCCAUAACGCUGUGCUUCGAGGAUAUCUACCUGGACGAUAAUCCAUUCUUGAAAAAGAUCCUGUACUGGACCAAUCUGGGAUUCUGCGCCUUGUUCAGCAUAGAGAUGCUCCUGAAGUGGCUGGCGUUAGGCUUCUGUAAAUACUUCACCAGUUUCUGGACGAUUCUGGAUUUUAUAAUCGUUUUCGUAUCCAUGUUUAGCCUGUUGAUAGAGGAAAAUGAGAACUUAAAGGUAUUACGAUCAUUGAGGACUCUCAGAGCAUUAAGACCAUUGAGAGCGAUUUCAAGAUGGCAAGGCAUGAGGAUCGUAGUGAACGCGUUGAUGUACGCCAUACCUAGUAUUUUCAACGUGCUCCUCGUCUGUCUCGUGUUCUGGCUGAUAUUUUCCAUAAUGGGCGUUCAAUUCUUCGGCGGAAAAUUCUUCAAAUGCGUAGACGAGUACGGGGAGAUGUUAGAUAUAUCGAUAGUGAACACUAAGGAUGAUUGUUUCAAUCAAAACUACUCCUGGGAGAACAGCAAGAUCACUUUCGAUCACGUUGGGAUUGCUUAUCUGGCAUUAUUUCAAGUAGCAACUUUUGAGGGUUGGAUGGAAGUGAUGAAGGACGCAGUUGAUGCGCGAGGGGUUGAUUUGCAACCCCAACGCGAAGCCAAUUUAUACGCCUAUUUCUAUUUCGUAAUAUUCAUCGUAUGCGGUUCCUUCUUUACCCUCAAUCUCUUCAUUGGAGUUAUCAUAGACAACUUUAACAUGCUUAAAAAGAAGUACGAAGGUGGCGUGCUAGAAAUGUUUCUGACCGAAAGUCAGAAGCACUACUACACUGCCAUGAAAAAGCUCGGUCGAAAAAAACCGCAAAAAGUCAUCAAGCGGCCAAUGAAUCAAUUUCUCGCAAUGUUCUACGACCUAUCAAAUUCGAGAAGAUUCGAAAUAGCAAUCUUCGUUUUGAUAUUUCUGAAUAUGCUAACAAUGGGAAUCGAGCACUACAAUCAGCCGCACCCAAUUUUCUUCGUUUUGGAAGUCUCCAAUGCAUUCUUCACAACGGUCUUUGGUCUUGAGGCAAUCGUGAAGAUUAUUGGUCUUCGCUAUCAUUAUUUUACGGUACCCUGGAAUCUCUUCGACUUCCUCCUAGUCCUAGCAUCGAUACUGGGUAUCCUUAUGGAGGAUAUUAUGAUGGACUUUCCCGUGUCGCCGACGCUCCUGCGGGUCGUGAGGGUGUUCAGAAUCGGUAGGAUCUUGAGGCUGAUAAAGGCUGCCAAAGGAAUCCGGAAGUUACUAUUUGCUCUGGUGGUCAGUCUGCCUGCGCUCUUUAAUAUCGGAGCACUUUUAGCGCUGAUAACGUUUAUCUACGCUAUCAUCGGCAUGUCCGUCUUUGGACACGUGAGAAAGCAGGGUGCACUUGACGAUAUGGUAAACUUUGAGACUUUUGGACGAAGCAUGCAGUUGUUGUUUCGGCUAAUGACUUCCGCUGGAUGGAAUGACGUCCUGGAGUCACUCAUGGUUCAGCCACCUGAUUGUGAUCCAACGCCAACUAGCAGGCAAAUGAACGGAGAUUGUGGAUAUCCCCUCCUUGCGAUAACGUACUUUACCUCAUUUAUCAUCAUCAGCUAUAUGAUAGUCAUCAAUAUGUACAUCGCUAUUAUCCUGGAAAACUUCAAUCAAGCUCAUCAAGAGGAGGAAAUCGGUAUCGUUGAGGAUGACCUAGAGAUGUUUUAUAUUCGUUGGUCAAAAUACGAUCCGCACGCAACGCAAUUUAUCCGUUUUUCCCAAUUAAGCGAUUUCAUCGCGAGCCUAGACCCGCCGCUGGGAAUAUCAAAGCCUAACGUGGUAGCGUUGGUUAGCUUUAAUCUUCCCAUCGCAAAGGGCAAUAAGAUUCACUGUCUGGACAUCCUACACGCGCUUGUCAAGCACGUCCUCGGUCACGUGGAGGAAUCCGAGGAUUUCCGGAAGUUGCAGGAACAAAUGGACGUCAAGUUCAAGAAGCAGUUCCCUACUAGGAAGGAACUCGAAAUUGUUUCAUCCACGAGGAUAUGGAAGCGGCAAGACAAGGCAGCUAGAUUGAUUCAGCGCACAUUCAGAGAUUACAUCAGUAUGAAGAAGGAGCGCGAAAGAAUCGCCCAGGAAGUUGAUUCUCAAACCCAAACCUCCAGUCCUGGUGGUGGAGGCAGUGAAGGUAAGGGCGGGGGUGGAUGGGGCGGAAAGCUGUCGGCCCUUCUCCACGUGCAUCGGGGUAGUCGGGCCAGUAGCCGCAAGUCCUCCAGGGCCAGCGACGCCAGCGACCUCAGCGAGCUCGGGACCGCGUCCGCGUGGCUUUUCCCGAACCUUCCGCUGUUGCUGCUCUCCGGCGCCACCGGAACCCACGAGGACCUGCAACCCCCCGCCCUCACCGUAUCCCGUCCCUCGCCAACCACGGAACAACCUUCGGCAGCUUCCAGUUCCGGUUCCGACUCUCAUGCUACCGUUAGAUCAUCAGGACCGACAUUGGGCCGUCAGGAUGCUGUGGAAACCUAUCACGAGGAUGACGUUCUAAGUCCACCAACUUCCAAGAGAGGAUCCUUACGACCUAGCGGUACGGCACUAUCCUUGAAUAUGCUACAACGCGACAUCAAGGAUGCAUUCACUCGUCGUUGCGGUAGUCUAAGAAGAAGGCAACAGCCCCCGGAACCUGUAAAUCUUCCGAUCGCAGAUGGAAGUGACGUCAGUAUUCUGGUAACAGAACCCAGUCCUGAAAGCACUGCGCCACCAACAAGACCCCCGUUGCUGAGGCAACAAUCGGAGGCAACAGUCGUCCAUGUCCUGGUCCACAGAGAAAGCGAGGAAUAUCGCGAAACUCCGGAUGAUAGCUGAUCCGAGUGUGUAGAGAAAUUUUACACUGGCUAGAAUAAGUAAGAAGACUAUUAAAUCAUUAUAGCUAGAACGACGUUCGCCGCUUCUCCAAGGCAAAUUACAGGAUCAUCUGGACGGCAGAAAAAUUGAUCGAUCAUUUUUGGCUCCACGCUUUACUAAAAUAAACUUUCCAAAUUUAUAAAUCCAUAAUGAAUCAAGAGACCUAUGAACGGGAAGCAAGUAUUCCGUUUGCUUAAAUUUUCGAAAAAAAAUUGAAUCAGCACAGCGUGUGUAUAUUAUGACACGGCUUACCUACAAAAUUUGCCAAGGAGAACGAGUCGAGUUUUGAUUCGAAGAUUGUUCGAACGUGUUAUAAAAAUCUUUAGCAAAAAAAUUACUGCCUCAAAACCGUAGUAUAGAUUAUACGUGCAGCGCCUGAAAAAAGGUUGCUAUGACAUAAGUUCAUACUAAGACAUUUUUAUUACUGAUGAUUGUCAUAAUAUUUCCUGCAAAGGAUUAAAAGGUUUAUUAUGAAACUCAUGAAAGUUAUGAUCACUAAUUUGAAUUACCGUAAUCAUGGUUCAGAGGAAUUAUUAAAUAUUUAGAUACUGAUAGAGUUAGAUUUUUUUUAUUACCAAAAUAUGUCGAAAUCGAUAUCCUAUAGGUGCUUGUUUUACUGCUUUUUUGUCACAGGUAAUUUUAGUCGACUAUAGACUACAUAUCAUAUAAUUUAGGAAUCGUAUAUUUUGUUCCUAAUAAAAGCGUAAAAUGUACGAUAUGUCGCAACCUUCUUUCGGGAGCAGUUCGCACAGGGAAGGCGUCGCUUAAAGACACGAAGUUACAAAUUUAGACAUUUCGUUAUUAAGAUACGCAGUUAAGUAGGUGUAGCUGUGAUUAGAUGACAGACUGUUGAAAUCGCGAUAUGCUGGCUCCGGGAGAUUUCGCAUAGUUGUAGGUUACGUGAAUGCGCGACAAUUGCGUUUCAAUGCGGGACAACGAAUUUUUUCUAAUCAAUCGUGUUACCCGAUCGUUAUAUACAAGGGAUAGUGAAAUCCCUGCGUCGCAUGAGUUACUCAAAUGGAGUAUAAAAAUUUGGAUCAGCAAGGAUCAGUUGAAAGAUGAUUCCGAAAAAAAGUUAAAAAAAAAGCAUAAAACUUAAAUCUGACAAACACCGUAUCAAAAUUGUAACAUUGAUCGAUAAGAUCAAUGACUGUUUUGAAAAGGACAAAAAAAUUAUUGAUUCAUUAAAAACAUUAUUUUUAUCGUUUCUAAAUAAUGUCAUAGUGCCUCGAAUUGUUAAAAAAAAAUUUUUGAAUUAUAAUAAUAAUUUUUCCUAUAUACUUUCUAUUACCGUUACAAUGAUCGUACUUACUAUUAAGUACUGUGCACGAUCGACAAAAAUUCUUGACAGAUCAAUCGAGUGUGCAAGAUUUUCGAACCAGUUGAAAAGCACAAGGUGAUUUUAUUGUGAGAUAUUUAGAAAAUUCAGAGUGGUGAAAUUCUCGCGGAGCUGGUUUUCGCGAGGCGUAUAGAAUGAAGUAUAAGUCAAUUAACGAUAACUUAUUAAAAAGAAGAAACAGAAGUAAAAUAAAACAUACUCGAAGUCUAUAUGCGAAGGGAAGCGACGGCAUGCGUACAACCCAUUUCCUGGGAGCGUCUCAAAAACUGUACAAUCAUGAAAAAAAGGUGCUUCUAGGGCGCCGUCGUAGAUCAUUUAGAUCGUAAUUAAGAGAUAGCGCGUGCGUGAGCGCGAUUAACUGCACGCGUGCACGUAUCUAUGACUAAGGUAAGAGUAAAUCAAUAAUGAAUUAUCGCACUAACGGCGACUUAGAAAUACCACUAGGGCAAUGUUACGUAGAAGAAAUUAAUAUCUUGCAAGACCAAUUAAUUGGUUUUUGCGAUAUGUUAAUUUUGCACGAUGCUCUCUCGCUUGCGAUUGGUUUAAUAAAAGAACCAAUUAACUUCAGUUAAUUAAUGAAAAAAAGUUUAACACUUCAUUAUUGCUAUGUAGAUAUUAAAAAAAAAAUACAUUUGUAUUUCCUUGCGAGUAUUGGGGAUCAUUAGGUGACGUUGAAACGCAGUAAAAAUAAUUGCACAAUAGCUUCACUUUCCAUGACAUAAUUAAAUUACAUAAAUAAUUAUAUUAUCGGUUCACACUUAAAUAUCAUAUAUGCAAUAAGCAAUGGACCAUUAAUUGAUAAUCAAUAAUACAUAUACAGAAUACAUGUAGUUUUCAAAGAAAAAAAAUUUUUCAGCUUUUCAAUUUUUAAGCCGGCAUUUUAAGUUUUUAAUAUAAAUAUUUCAAAAACCGGAUGUUCGAUGAAACUUCCCAAUUAAAGUUUCCAAUAAAGUUUUUCUUAAAAUCAUCCACGAUUCUUCUCAGCACUACGGUUCGAUGAUCUCUAAUAUUCGAAUAGAUUAUUUUAAUCGGUGCUCGAUCGCGUUAUCCUUUUUGUACAAAAAAAUAGAAAAAGACAAUGGAAUAAUAAGACACGCCAUAUCCAUAGGCAAUUUUGCGGUCCAUUGGAGUACCUUCUCGUUUGAACGUCUUGCUCGAACCAGUGCAUUACGCGGAGCACUGUAUUUGGGUUUGAUCAAAAUGUCGGAACGAGAAUGCAUACCCGCGGCCCACAAAAAGUGCAACAUUAUUCACAGUAUAGAGACACAUUUACAAACAGUUCAUUGAUUAAAGGUGAGAUGGAGGGUAUGAUUUUUCCCAAGCGAGAAGACGCAGAAUAAAAUGAGCUUCAAUGAAUUAUAGGUGCAUAGUGAAAGUAAUUUGUAAUAUAGGAAACGUAAUGCUAAUGGUAGGGAUAUAAUUAGCAAAGAAAGAAAUUAUAGAACGCAUAAACAUAGCAUAUCAACGAAAAUUAUAAUUAUUGGUAAUAUUCAUUUUCCAUGCAGACUAUGUAAAUCGUGAAAAACAAAAUCGGUAAAUUCGUAUCGAUAUAACGGAAAACUGCAAGAAUUCAAAAUCGCCUUUUUUUAUAAUUUUUAUGAAUUCCGGGUGCAAUUAGCACAGAUUUAAAUGCAUGGUGAAAAAUGGUAGCUAGGUGAUUUUUGCUUUUUGUUUAAUCAUGAAAAAACCUAAUUUAGCCAAUAAAGUAAUUUUAAUUGUAUUAAAUUUGACUUUACCGCGUUCUCUGGUUCGCGCACAAGCUCUUUCGUAUAUGUCUCUAUGACAUAGGCGAUUUCUCUGAAUCACUAGAGCAUACGUAUUUCAGCAGGCUGACAACGCCGAAAUUGUUUUACAAAAUUAUGCAAAAUUUUCUUAUUUUCAUUGUUGGCGUUUCAUACGGGAGAAGUGUACGAGAAAAUGCACAAAAAUGUGUGGCAAUGACGCCAAGCACAAUCGAAUGCGAUUUAUCCGUUUUACUUGUUAGAUAUGAAAAAUUAAUUAUAUGUUUUUCCUUGAUUGUCAAUGAUAGAGGCCAAAAUAUUCAUGGUACGAAAAAUUUGUAUGUUUAAAAAAAAACCCAAUACUUAUAUAUUACGUAAAAAGAAAUAGUAAAAAAUGCUGAAAUUUCAAAUCGAAUAAUACACGGUCAUUAGAAAAUUACAAUCUAAAUUUGAUGAUUUGAGAUCAUCAUAAAAAACAAACAUUCGAACGAUCAAAUACAUUAUCAUCCAAGAGCUUGUACCUAGAUAUACAUGUUCUGAAGGGACCUUCACUUUAUGUAUAAAGUUUUGAAUUUCGCUUCCAUAUUUUAAUAUUGAAGAAAAAAUGAAAAGAAGAAUACUGCUUGAUAUAUAGGUCAAGCUGAUAUUCACCAUUUGGUUCGGCGAUUGCUCUUGAAAUAUUGAUUCGGCAUCGAAUAGACUUCGUAUUUUAAAUUACCGAUCGCUUCCCUUUUAUUCGCUUGCAUUGUUUGUAAGAGGAAUGGCAUUGACAAUAUUUACCACACGAGAUAUAAAAUAGAAAUAAAAUUACGACUAAUGUAUCGGGUGGAUCAGAAAAGAAAGAAGCUGAGAGUAACGAGAAAAUUAGUAGACGCGAGACGAACGAUUAAUCGGAUAAAAUUCUGCGAAUCUAAAGGUCCAUUCAUAUCGGCGACUAUACUUGUAUAAUACGUGACACAUAAUUGGUGGAGCGAUUUCGUUUUUUUUGGAUCACCCCCUACAACGAGUUCUACAAUCAAAGGCCUAUGUAACAUUUAGAGGAAAGUGGCGUUAAUUAAUGUCUUCAAUAAUUAUUAAAUUGACUUAAGUAGCCAUUUAAUGUUUUAUUAUUGUUUCUAGUGAGCUCCUCGCGACGAAGCACGUUAUAACGUGUAUAUGUUUUCUUGAGAUUUGACAACAAUGUAUUAUUCCGUUGCCAGGAGAAAAUAUUAAUGAGAGCACGUGCUUCGCUUGUGAGGAUCCUGAAAAGGGGAUAGGGAUGGUGAAGUAAGUGAGAAUUAAUACUGCAUUCUCUCCGUGCUGAGCGGGACUCAAGUUUGGUGAUAAUACUGAGGAUAUAAUGAAUAUAGUUAAUUAACCAAUAAGUAUAAAUAAAUUAGUAAAUAUAUAAUACGUAAGUAAACAAUAAUACCGCGUAAAGUAAGAGCCGCGAGAAUACAUCCUGUUAGAUCUGUAAAAACUUAAGCGAUCAAAAAACUUUUUGUUACGCAUAAAGAAAAAAGAAGAAAAAAAGACCGAACCGAAUAGAAGAAACAGAUUCAAACUCCUCUUAUCGUCAUAUACGCGUAUGUCAAUCUAUUCAAAAAAAUUAUAAAGCUACCAGCAAAUUCAAAGUCCGCAGAGAUUUCCAUGACGAUGCACCGAUUGAAGAGUUUUUAAUGGACCAUACAAAUAAUCUUGUUAUCCAUUAAAUCGGUGUAACGUUACUUUCCGUACCAUCCGUGACUCCUGAAAGAUCAAUAAGACAGUAACAAAUGUUACGUAUGAGUACAGUCGUUAGUGAAGCUGUUAUGAAAUUUCGCAAAACUGCAGAAAAGGUGUUCUGAUAAAGAUAACAAAGAGGGAGAGAAGAGAGAGGAGAUAAAGGAAGAGCAGUCAGGAUAAGAGAGCUCGAGAUUAAUCAAGAUAGAAAAUUUCUCGAUUUUCAUAUAUGAAUACACUUAAUGAUUAUCUAGCCGAGCAUAAAUGCCAUAAAGGCAAAGAGCCAUUAACAAUUUUAGGUAAUAAGUUAUCGAAGACGAGAGAGAGAUGUCGUAUGAUGCAUAUAUGAUAUACAUUGUAGCUAGCGAUAACGAUGAGCCAGAUGGUGAAAAGUUGAAAAUUGUAAGCCUGCAAACUUGUUAUACUAAAUUUGUAAAAGCGUGUAAUGCGACGACAAGCAAGUGAAGGAGAAACUUACGCACAGUGCAGGCACGAAUGAUUAAUUAUAUGACAAUUCUGACUUGAUUUUACGACCGAACUUUUUAAUUGUCAUAUUGGCAAAUAAACCACAUCCCCUAGUCCUGCUGUAAAUACUAUGAAAUGUGCGUACGUUUAGCUCAAGCAUGUGUAGAUAUAUAUUUCAUUAAUUCUUGUUGGCUUGUGAUAUCAAAUACUCAAACGGUUUACGGACGGAGACCCGUGCAUUCUGAAAUAAUUUGUUGGAUUAUGCUGUAUACAUUUUAUCUUUAAGGUUUGUCUUAUCAAAUUUAAAAAAAAAAUACAAAUGGGUCGAAGUGUGAUUUUUGUUUCUCCAAGAUACAGCAUCGUUAUUCCUGCUUUUUGGGUAUUCAGUAUUGUUGUUGCAAUUAGCAUUAUUAAAUUGAUAUGAGAUGACAUUGUUAUUACUGAACGAAUGCACGAAUGAGUUCGUCUGUGAUCUGCGUGAAGUUUCGAUUCCCUUAUUGGGGCCUCUUUAUGGAGAGUAAAUUAUGUCUGGGCCUGAGAGUAAUGUUAAAUUUUAAUGAAAUUUUAUGCAGUGGAAAUCACGUGGUAUUUAUGUUAGAGAAAUUUAAAGAUUUUCUUGAAUUAUUUUUUAGUGCUAUCUCUAUGAUAACAUAGGAAUUAUUCUGUAUAGUUGUUCACUUAUUGUUGUCAAUCUCAGUGUGUGCAAUGAAGGAACAACUUUUCUUUUGUAUAGUUAUUAAUGUUUGUGAGACAAUCUUCAUUCUGUAUACUCUCGGGUUCAGAACUGACACAAUUGAAUCAGCAAUAUUAUAUGCGGAGUAGUUAUUUAGUCAGAUAUUUUAUUAUAUUAGUGAUAUCUUAAUACGAUACUUCAAGCGAUGGGGAAAAAAUCGGUUAGAUUUAACCGUAUAGGACAUU